CAUGUAGUUUAAAGUAGUUUAGAAUUGUUACAUUACUUGAAUUUCUUGUAAAUUACAGUUACCAUAUUAUGUAUAUUUUAUUCUGUGCUAUAAGAUUUUUACUGACUUUUCGACUGAUUCACUACACACCACUAAACCUGUUCUAUCUUCAUCAAACUUAAAUUAAUCCCCAAUUUCUGGUUCCUAAACUAACAUCCUUAUUUUUCUGAUACUUAUUUAAAUGUAAAGGUGAAUCUUUUCUUAUGUAAAUUUUUCAUUGGAAAUUCUUUAUUACCUGAUACCCCAUGUUUACUAUAAAACUCAUUCAGUAAAUAUCUACAGAAAAAAACGUGAGAAAAAAUUUAUCAAAAAAAUUUCUUCAUGUAAUCAUUAUGAUACCUUGAAAUUAAUGAACAUUUUUUAUCUCAAUCAAAAAUCAAAAAACAAGAGGAAAAAAUUGUUUAUAAAAGAGUAAUACGAGCAAAUGAUAUCUAUUUAAUGAACUAGAAAGUGAAUAUCAGUUGAUAAGAAAAGGUUUGAUACACGCAAGAGUUUAGUGAAUUAAUUGGUCUAAAAAAAAAAAUGAUUGGUGCAAAGACCUAAAGCACCUGAAUAUUAAUCAACUUUUAAUAAUUAUAUACCCAGAUUGUUCGUGCAACAAUUAGGAAAAUAAUGCAGUAAUGAUAUAGAAAGAUUUGACAUAUUUAAUGAUAAACAUCGAUAUAGGAUUAGUUCUGUCAAUGAGAUUCAAAAAGAUCUCAAUGAAUCGAUGGAUCAAUGAUCAUGGUCAUUGUUGGAUAGAUGGUUGUUUGCAACGUCACUCAUCACGGAUGUACAUGGCGAGAGACAAAAAGCACAUGUGUAUGGGAAUCCGACUUUGGUUUCACCUUUGUCUGCUCCUUCAAAAAAUCCGGCCUCUUCCGGGUCAGAAAUCUUGGGGGUGUCAAAGGCUACGUCGGCCUCGGAUUCACUGUGGGCGAUGAACUUGGAUUUCGAGAAUCAAUUUCCAACUUGGAAGCCAGUAAACGACGAAGUGUUCAAACUGGAAGAGAAAAUUUUAUUACAAUAGGAAAUGGGGGUGUUAAAAAAGAAAAUCCUCGAACCAAAGUAGUCACAGGUCAAGGUACUAAUAGCGUUCCUCCAUUCAAGCCAUUGCCUUCGGCAGUAUUACGACCAAUGGCUCAACAACCAGAGCAUCAAAGGCUUGUGGUACAACAAAACUCAUCGGCCUUGAGAACGAUACCGGCACCUGUUUUAAUGCAGAAAGCAACAGCAGUGGAUCCUAAAGUACAACAACAGCAUCAACGAAAUCAAUAUGAAAUGAAAUCACGUCAACAACAAAAGAUCCAGCAAGAAUUAUUAGCCCAUCAAGUUUUGAAAGAACAGCAACAACAGCAACAAGAAGCUAUGCAACAAAAAUUACUCCAACAACAGUCACAAUAUCAAGCAACUCAAGUCAAGCCACAAUUAUCAAAUGUAUUAAUAAAACGGAUACAGACGUUGCCGAACAUCGUAGCUGCUAUUCCUCCAGCUGGAAGCGUUGUUAAUAUUCAAAAAAGAAUAUCUAAACCAAAGCCUGAUAGAAUAAAUGUAGCUAAUAAUGGUCUCCCUGCUUUCAUUGCAAUGCCACAAUCGUCCACUCAUCUCACAGAUCGCAUUAGCAACAGCUCAGUUAUACUGAUAGAUUCAGCGAAUCAAAUAUCCAAAGAUAAUGUCGCUGAGGUACCUUUUCCAAGUGAAGAAAUGUCAGCCUCUGUUAGCGAAAUGACUCUUCAAUCACUCAACCCAGUUAACACAGCAGAAGCACUUAAAUCUUCAAUGCAAAAGAAUGAAAAACGUCAAUCGUUAUUGGCACCAAUUCAAGAAAUGGAAACUUCUUUAAAAGCAUUGGCAGAAGCAAGUAAUGUUACUCUUGAGGCUUUGGAAGCAGCUAUUCUACUUAGGCAACAACAGUUGAUGGAAAAACAUCAGAGUUCAACAACUACAACUACUACAACGACUACUACCACAUCACCUCCGCCACUUCCUCCUUCCUCACCGUCUAAAACAGGAUAUCCUCAUUCAGGCGCUACCAAAGUAAUGAAUGCACCUCGAGAAUACUAUCCAACUAAUUAUGAAAAAAAUUUUGAUGAUAAUUUUGCAAGUCGUGUGGAUCUACCAGACACCAGUUUCUAUUGUGGAGACCAAAAACAUUUUCCUGGCCUUUAUGCUGAUGAAGACUUAGGUUGUAUGGUGUUUCAUGUUUGUGCCUUAACUGAUCAAGGAUUAAUAAUGAAAAGUUUCUUAUGCCCUGAAUCAACUCUUUUUGACCAAACAAUUCUUAAGUGUAACUGGUGGUUUUAUGUUGAUUGUAAAGCAUCAAAAAGUCUAUACGAUAGCAAUAUCCCCAUAAGCAAGAGUUAUCAGCUUAUGAAAGCUCUCGCAUUCUUCUCAGCAUAUAAAAACCAUGAAAACGAUACAUCAUCAAGUGAAUGACGAAGACCUUUAUUAUAUAAUUGCUCAAAGAUGUAGAUGUAAUUUAGUUAGUUUUUUAAAUAUCCAUCAAGUAAUUUGAUGUUAUAUACAUGUAAUAUAUUAUAUUUAAUGUAUUAAUGAUAAAUAAUGUCUAAGACAUUAAAUUUGUAAGUAUUCCUGUUAAUAUAAAUUAUUUUAUGUUAAGAAAAAUUAUUUUUUAAAUGAAUAUUAAUAAUUAUCAACAUUGCUCUUUAAUGUAUUUUACCAUAAUACAAUACUAAUACACUAAAAUCAAACUCAGACUGUACUAAAAGAAUCUUUUUUAGGUGCUUAGUAUAACACAUUCAUCAGCAAUCUUAUUUUAAGUCAGGGAACGUUAUCUAGCAAAGUAUGUGUUUUUAAUACAUUGAAAAAUUGAAAAUAGAAGAAAAGAAGUCAUAUACACUAGUUUGUAAAAAUUCAUCUUAAAUAUAUUUUCCUAAAUCGUAAAGAAGGAAUCGGUUUUGCGGAAUUGAUCAAAAACUAUAUGCAUAUCGUAGAUAUUUGUUCAUCAAUAAACAUUUGACAAUAAACGAAUACUUGACGUAA